AUGGUAUCAACCAACAAAUUCAACGCUUCUGUUGCAAAGCCCAAGCCUGCUGUCAAGCAGGUCAAAGUUGUCAACAGAGGGUCAGAGAUCAAGCAGAUGACGGCUACCGCCGACGCAGUUAGGAAAGCAGCAACAUCCUCCAAGCAGCCUUCCAGUCUUGAUCCGAUCCCGCACAAAGAUCCUGACUCAACCCACAACGCGCACACUUCUGGUCGGAUCCUGAUCGGAAAGAAUGCGGCCUCAAGAAUAAGACAGCGCAAUGAUGCGGUUGGCAAGACUGCUGGUCCAAUCUCACAGCCCAAGACUAAGAAGAUUGCAACUGAGAAAAAGGAUGGAUUAUAUAAUGCUUCUUCGAAGCCCAAGUCUGCGUUGCCCAGAUCCGCUACAUCUACGUCGCCUAGGCCUGAUAUAGUUGCUACAGAAGCUGCGACAGCCAAACGGCCUGCCCCUUGCCAAAACAGUUCACGCCAACGUAUGGCUAACAACGCAAUUCGAUCGCUAAAAGAGCCAGUAUGCGUGCCGAGGACCCACAAGCCCUUUAACGCACCCACCGCGUACCCAACAGAAAACGGCAUAGCUGCAGAGCCAAUCAAGAACGACAAACUACACACGGGUAACGCAGACAACCGAGAGCAAACACAGACACAGAGUUCGGAGAGCAAAUCACCUUAUCCGAAAGAUAAUGGUGGUGGUGUCAAGCCUGUGUCACGUGCGAGCAGUGAAGACAGAUUCCUGGACAAGAAAAAGGGGGUUGAGGACAAGCGAGGCGAGAAGCGCAAGUACGGAUACAUUGAGGCUGAGGACACGCCGAAUAAGAAGGUCCAUCUUUCAGGGCAGUGA